AUGACACCUGAUGCUUCGCAUUUGGCGGCCUUCUGCCAGGCGGCCGCGGCUAACGUCGCUGCGGGCCAUGCAGUGCCCGCACCAGCGGCUCCGCGACAGGAGUGCAGAGGCCAGCGGCCAAGUGGGUUUGGUUUUCUGGACUGUCUCGGUCGACAUGGAAUAGAUCACCCAGGCCCUGAGAAGAGCAACCCGGGCCCGGCCCCUUGCUUCGACAAGCGGCGCUCGCAUGAGUUUCGCACGGAGGAGGAGGAGGAGGAGCUCUGUCGAAACAGCAGCAUGCCAAAUGUGCAUUCGGUGCUCGGCCCGCCAAGCGGAGACAGCUUGCCGAGUCGCCCCGAGCCAGAUCAGGAUGCCCCCAAGGAAAGAAGCUGUAGGCGGAACGGAUGGGACCCUCAUUUCAGCUUUCCAAGCUACUCUGAGGACCACUUUGAUAUCAAGGGCUGCAAAGCAGCUGGCGCGCAUGCUGGCGAAUCUGGUGCCAGCUCUCGUGCAGCCUCAACACCGUCCUCACCACCAGAGUCCAGUCCCUCUGAAGGUGAAUCUGGAGGGAGCAGUGCUGGAUCCCAUCUAAGCAGUGGGCCGAACAGCUCAGUCUCCUCCAAAGACAUGCCAGAUGUAACGAAGACGGCGCCCAAGGUACGCUCGGAUUGUGGCACUGUUGCUUCGGACAGCAAGGCCUUUGAUGUCCACGAGGCCAGCACCAAGCAACGAAGGGCAUCGAUCUCCUUGCCUUUGGUCUUGCUGCCCAGUCAUGACGCCUCCAAGUCUAGUGUUGGCUCGACACCUGGGAGUAGUGGAAGCAGCCUGAAACGACGAGACAGCACCAGCAGCUUGCUGAGAAGGCGGAGGACUAGCACGCUGGGCCUGCUUCAGCAAGAGUUGGCGGAGCCGCUGAAGGGCUCCAUCUCCAGGAGCAAGGUCCCGGAUCAUUGGCUGCCGCCCUCAGAUGCAGAAGCAGGUAGCUUGGAGCGGUCUGAGCUCGGGGCGGAGGCAACCGCAGAGGUUCGCCGUUGGCUUCUGGGCCACACCUCCGGGCAGCAAUGCUCGCAGGUGAUUCUCGAUCGAGCUCUGACGGUUCUGUCGAAUUUCAAGCUGGCCAGUGGAUGCGAGUUGGAAGUCUUGGGAGGACCUCUCGGGGCGCUUGUUGGCGGGUACAGCGAUGCGGACUGGCUUUUCAGCGAGGUCUUUAAAAAGCACCCGUCGGACGCCAUCCGCGAGUCCUUCGCCCUUCUGGGCUUCCGGAACCGCUUCGAUGGUGACUGGUCCAGCACCUCGGUGGAGGAGAUCUCGCUUGUCUAUCGGCGGAUGUGCCUUCGCGGGCAUCCCAGCCGAGGAGGAUCGCCGAAGGAUUACUUGAAGCUGCAGGUAGCCAUGGAGCUCAUCAAGGCCUUCUGUGGAGAUGCCGGCCCACUACAGGUGGACCGGCGGAUUCAAGCGCAUGCUUCCUUGCCUGAAGGGCCUGAUGCUGGGACGGCCGAAGCCAGCCAUUUUGUGCUCAGCGACCUGUCCCUGGCUCGGGAGCUGCAGCUGAGCGCCGCGGAGGCCUCGAAGGAGGCAUCGCAGCUCAGUGCUGAGCACUUAGAGGAGAUGAACCGGGCGCUGGACGAAUACAUCCUGAGGCAAAUGUGCUUCAAGAGUGAGAUUGUGGAUGAAAUUGCGCGUCUCCACGAGGACUCUGCCUACGCAAUCCUGGGCGUUUCCUCCAGUGCGACUGAUGCCGAGAUCAAGAAGGCCUACCGACUCAUCGCCAUGCAGUGCCACCCUGACAAGGGCGGUGACAAAGAGGAUUUUCAGGAAUUGACCAACGCCUACGAGAAAAUCAUGGAGCAGCGACGCUCGGCCGACGACAGGGGCUUCAAGGAGCACGGCCACGAACACAGCGAGGGCGAGGAGCCCACGCCGGUCCACGGCAAGAGCCAAGCGAAGCCACGGAAGAAGGAGAGUUCCACUUGCACCUCUGAGGAUGAGGAGGACGGCCAGGCAGACAAGGCCGAUGGUGACACGGCCAGAGAAGCAAAAAGAGCUGCCCAGGAGGAUACAACGCUCCUGGAGAAGGCCAGCAAGGCAGCGGAGGAAGCCUCACGCUAUGCCAAGACGGCAGCCGAAUUUGCACAUCAGGCAGCAGAGGCUGCAGAAGCUGUGCGACGGGACCAGGAGCAGGGAGGUCGCGAGACGCUGAUCAAAUCAGUAGCUCACUCAGCCAUCGUCUACACCCUGACGGUGGUGAAGGCUGUCCGCGCCGUCGGCUAUGCCACUCUGGAUGUGGCGGCGCAGUGCCGUGCAGCGGCCAAGCGAAACCCUGACGCCGUCAGCUGCGCAGAGCAUGCGGUGAGCGCGAUGAGCCUUGGCUUGGAGGCCCUGAACUCGGCGCUCUCCUGUGCAGAGGUGACGGAAAUCACUGCGGCGGAGCUGCAG